ACCCACGGCCACAUGGCUUUUUUGUUGUGAAUAUUAAUACUACCAUGGAAGUCUCGAUGCUGCUCUCACUCCCUACUGAAGUACUGCUCCAGAUCACUGACUACCUGCCUGCCUAUGACAAGCUAUGUCUCCGUAUCUCCUGCAAGAGGUUCUACUCACUCCUCAGCGACCCUUGUGCCUGGAGUUCCCUGGUGUGGAAGAAUUGUCGCAGAAGAGAACGAGACUUCAAAGCUCUCAGACUGGCACUGAAACUAUCUCGCUCGUAUGUCCAAUAUGUGCACAUAUCGUAUAUGCCCAAAGCAAGGAGAUUUCCUAAUGCAAAGUUUUUCCCUCAACUUGGUAAAUGCAAGCAAAUACGCUACCUGUCAUUAACUGGAACAUUUUUCAAAUAUGUCGUAAAGCAGAACACACUUGAACAGUUACUGUCUGAAUUACCAUCCCUGUACUGCCUUAGUGUGACAGGAAAUGAUUCUUAUGAAUGUUGUGCUAUCAAAGCUGCAAAAGCAUCGAAAAGUCUAGAGGUUAUCUGUAUUAAUACUGGGUGUGACCACGGCGGCAUGAUUGAUGCUGUGAGUGUUUGGAAAAGUUGUGGCUAUAUGCCUCCAAAUCUGAAAGUACUUUGCUCUGAUUUAAUAGUCAAUCAUUUUUAUAUGAUUAUACCCCAACUAACGAGCAGCGACCACCCUGCACAGUUGUCUAUCUAUCCAAACUGUUCCCCAAUAGCUGGAAACAUGGUCAACAAGUACCCUAUUCUUAGUUUGUCAUUGUACCCAAAUGUUGAGCUGGUGGCGACUUGCCCGACUGCAUCGGUUUGUUCCUCAGCUCCACACUUUUCAAAUCUGAUCCUCUCUUGUAGCAACUCCUCCAGUCAAGAUCCUCUCAGUGCUACACUGUACAACAGUUAUAAUAAUAUGCUUUCACAUACAUGUAUUGCUGUCUCAUUUUUUCCAUCAAGCAUUGAAUCACUCUAUUUGAGAACAUUAAAAAAGUUAGCUUCUGCUGAGCUUACGCUGAUCUCUGAAUUGUGUCCAAAGCUAAUUUGUCUUGAUAUUCAAGACUGUGCAGACGCUUUAUCGAGUCUACUAGGAUUGGCUGAUAUCAGUUCAAAUUGUAUGGGUUUGGCUGCUCUGAACAUUAAAGGAAUUCGUAACAUUGAGAGUGUUUCUUCUCUCUGGGAAGUUCUAUCAAGCAUGAGGAAACUGCGUUACUUGUCAUUGGGUUAUUCAUUCCUAGCUGAAAGAAAUUUUGAUCGUUGGGAGGAUACUUAUUUGGCAAAAAUGAAUUUGUUUGCGAUCAAUAUCACUUCUGCGCCUGUGUCUGGUGACAAUGUAGCUCUCCAAGUCGAAAGGCUCCUGCCCGCUCUUCAACAGUUGCAACACUUAAAGAUCACAAUCCUAGGCAAGCCAUUGGCUCCACUCGACCUAACGAAUAUCCUCCCCAACCUGCCUUGCCUCACACAGAUAUUUAUUGAAGAGUUUUCAUCAUAUGGUGGGUUGUUAACGUUACCCACUGAUACAAAUUGCUACUCAUCUCUAAAAAGGCUUUAUAUUAAUUAUCCAGACUUAGAUUUUUCUGAUGAUCUGGCCCGAGCUCUCUCUCUGUCUCCAUCACUGACAUAUUUGCACCUCAAAGUCAAACGGUUAAGUCCACUUUUUCGUGAGGUAGUAUGCAAUUGCCGUCGUCUCUGUGAAUGUCAUAUUCGGGAGGGAGGACAUAUAGGUUGUGAAGUUCAAGGACUGUCAACAGUGCUCGACAAACUGGGAAUAUGUGGGCGUAAUACAACAAAAGAAACAUCUUUGUUUAUUAAGAAUUUUUAGUUUGUUGCUGUGCUGUAUUCAAUUAGAGUCUAUUGAUUUCUGUGUUAAUAAUAAAAUUUUUUUUAUUAUUGUUGCUCUUAUUACUU